AUGUUGCGUCUGCACUCUGCGCUCUUUGCAAGCGUGUGUGGACCGACACUGAAGUGCGUCACUCUAUGUGCUACAGCAUCCGCUGCGCCAGAGACUUCAGUGGCGGAGGCACCUCAGGCAGAGGUGGAGAUAAGCGUCGGUGCGGGCGAUGAGGACAUCGAGAGUGAGAGCGAGGCACGCCCGGCGCCCUCCCGGUCGAAGAACUUGGCCUCUGUGAUGGCAGAGUCACAGGCGACUGCCACCACCAGGCCCCGUCCUCCGCCCGUGCGUGUGCCGGACAACCCUUUUGUGGCCAUGCCUGUAGCUGGGUCGUCUCGUGACCCGACAGCGCCCGGGGAGGAGACACACAUUCUGAUUAGUCGCGCGGAGUUCGAGGCCUUGAAGAAGGCGCAAGAAGCGAGCGCGCGCACCGUGGCCCGUCUUGAAGAGGAGCUGAGGUCUGCUAAGGCUGUGCAGGCGCGUGCACCCCCUCGCAGGCCGGACGAGCAUGUCUCGGGGAGCGGUGGUGCUUCUGGUCGGAAGCGGAAGCGUCGGGAAGAACUCGCCGAUGAGGAGACAUCCGACGAGGAGAGCGAGGAUGAGCCACCCACCAAGAGGGGGCAUCUGAGGGUGUCCAAGUCACCGGUCCUGCAGCGGGCGCUGAAUUUUCUGCCCGCAAACAAGUCGUGGAAGCGCGCGUGCGACCUGGUGAAAGAUUACCUCUUCUUUGAGAAGGAGAACGCCCGGAUCACGUUCUAUCCGAGCAGCGACGACAAGACGGUGGGAGUGUGUGCAGUGAUCGAGCGCCUGCCUUUCGAUUUCGCGACACUUGCUCUGGCUGCGGACAAGGCAAGACGGUCGGAUUUGAACAAGGCCCUUAGCGAGUGGAAGUCGGGCGCAGCAGGAAGGACGCGGGACAUCUCGUGUCCACGGAUGGGGCUUUUCCGCGACGAGCGAGAUACGCGCAGCCCAUGGGCCACGAAGAAGGACCGUACUCUGGAGGAGAUACGAUCGCAUUAUGGGCUACUGCUCGGCGUUGACGAUCCCCUGGCAUUGUCCAAGUUUGGGAACGAUCGGGAGGGGAUGCCGUUCGCCUCUGGCGCAUUCGUGGCAUGCGCGGUUGCGGCAUUCAAGCCGAAGAAGGUGGUCGGGCCACUGACGGUGAAGCUUUACCACCUGGCGUGGCUGGAGCAUGUGGUGACCGACACGCUGGUGAACUGGGUGGCGAGGAAGGGGCGACUGUCGAACUCUGCCUGUGGAAACGCGCAGGUGGUCGAUGGGCUCGUGAUCCUUGCGCGUGAGGCAGUGUCGAACGCGAUCAGAAUCUUCAAGCCUAAGUACGACGUCGCCUCGUGCUCGUGGACCUGGGGGCGCCAUGGCCUUCGACUGUCCUCGUGCGGGCUGGAGGACUUAAUUCCAGCGACUGCCGCUACCCGUGAUGGGGCAGAGGUUCAGGCGGACGAGAUCUCUGGGUCGCUUGGAGGCCCCGACGGUGGCGAUUAUGCUGGCGAUGGUAGUGACGGUGGUGAUUAUGCCGGCGAUGGCAGCGACGGUGGUGAUUAUGCUGGCGAUGGCAGCGACGGUGGUGAUUAUGCCGGCGAUGGCAGCGAUGGUGGUGAUUAUGCUGGCGAUGGCAGCGACGGUGGUGAUUAUGCUGGCGAUGGCAGCGACGGUGGUGAUUAUGCUGGCGAUGGCAGCGACGGUGGUGAUUAUGCAGGCGAUGGCAGCGACGGUGGUGAUUAUGCUGGCGAUGGCAGCGACGGUGGUGAUUAUGCAGGCGAUGGCAGCGACGGUGGUGAUUAUGCAGGCGAUGGCAGCGACGGUGGUGAUUAUGCUGGCGAUGGCAGCAACGGUGGUGAUUAUGAAGAGGAUCCAUGCAUCAGGGACCCAAGAAGCACAUGUGGCAGCAAUGGUGGUGGCAGUGGCAACGGCAGCGACAGCGGCGAGGGCAACGACGUUGACUCUGUGGAUGUAUCAGCGAUCCUGGAGGAGCACAACAAGGCACGGCGUGAAGUGGGAGUGCCGGACCUGGCGUGGGAUGACGGCGUGGCAGCAGCAGCGCAGGAGUGGGCGGACCACCUCGCAUCCAUCAAUUGCCCGUUGGAACAUGGGCUCGGGCAGAACCUCUACUGGCUCAGCCCUGCUGGGCUCACAAGUGAGGAGGACCGUGGGGCUGUGCAGGCGUGGGUGGAUGAGAAGGCUGACUGGACGCCUAGUCCGAUCCCGGAUGGGUGUGUGGAGGGGAAGAAGUGUGGGCACUACACGCAGGUGGUGUGGCGGGAUACCACGCAUGUGGGCUGCGCCUCUGCGCAGUGCCCUGAUGGUGGCGGCAUGUGGGUGUGUGAUUACUCUCCCCAGGGGAACAUUGAAGGAUCCAUGCCCUACUAG